AUGGUGCUCCACGGGAAGAAGCUCAUCUGGGCGAUCCAGAGCGUUUGCGCCCUAAGCAUCUUCUUCUUCGGCUAUGACCAAGGCAUGAUGGGCGGCGUGAACGGAGCGCCCGACUACAUCCAGACAAUGAAGCUCGGCUACCUAACUCCCGCUGCAAACGGCGGCAAAGUGAGCGCAACCGUCACCGACUCGACGAAGCAGGGCGGCAUCGUCGCGGCGUACUACCUCGGCACACUUAUUGGAUGCUUGGCUGGUGGCUGGAUCGGCGACAAGCUCGGGCGAAAGAAAACCAUUUGGGUUGGCGCGCUCUGGAUCCUCGUCGGCGCACCGCUUCAAGCUGCGGCGCAGAACGUCACUUGGAUGGUGAUGGCGCGCAUCAUUACCGGCGUCGGCACGGGCCACUUGAACGUAAUCGUCCCGGUCUGGUCUGCCGAGACGAGCGGACACUUGUCCCGCGGCUUCUUUAUCGCCCUCGAGUUUACCCUGAACAUCUUUGGUGUCGUCGUCGCCUACUGGCUCGAGUACGGCCUCUCUUUCGUCGGCGACGGCAACACCCAGAUCCGCUGGCGGUUCCCUAUCGCUUUCCAGCUCGUGCCCCUCGUCGGUCUCGUCUUCGCGACCUACUUCAUGCCGGAAUCGCCUCGUUGGCUCAUGAAGGCCGGUCGACACGACGAAGCUCGCGCUCUUCUCGGUCGCCUGCGUUCCGAGGACGGCGAGGUGAACGACGUCGCGCUCGCCGAGUACCACGAGAUUGAUCAGACGAUCCGCAUGGAUGGUGGCGAAGAGCCGUCGUACUUGACCAUGUUCUUCUCGCCUUGCGGGAAGCUGCACCUUUCGCGCAGGACGCAACUCGCCAUCUGGAUCCAGAUCCUCCAGGAGUGGGGAGGCAUCGCUGCCAUCACUGUCUACCAGCCAGUCAUUUUCGGGCUUGCGGGUUUCGAUUCUUCUAAGGCGGGGUGGAUUUCGGGCGUCAACACGAUCACCUACAUGAUCUCGACCCUCAUCUGCGUCUUCACCCUCGACCGCAUCGGCCGUCGCAUGACGCUCUUCUGGGGCGGAGCCGUGCAGGCGUUCGCGCUCAUCAUGGCGGGCGUCUUCGUCCACCUCCUCACCAUUCACCCCGAGAAGACGCCUCAGUACGGCGGCGCCGCCACUUUCAUGGUCUUCUUGUACACUGCAACGUUCGGCGCAAGCUGGCUGACCGUCCCGUGGACUUAUCCCGCCGAAAUUUGGCCUGUCAACGCUCGUGCGAAGGGAAAUGCCAUGGGAGUUGUCGGCUGGUCGAUCGGGAACGGCUGGUGCACGUUGCUCGUCCCCGUCAUGUUCGCCAAGAUCAAGGAGAACGCCUUGUACAUCUUUGGCUGUGCGAACAUCCUCGCCAUUGUCGUCAUCUAUCUCUUCUACCCAGAAACCGCCAACCGUACUCUCGAAGAAAUCGACUUCCUCUUCAUGAGCGACUCGCCGCUCGUGUGGCACGCCGAGGCUUCGCACGCGCGCCUCAAGGGCGAGCUCGAUGCCAUCGUCGAGGCCAAGACGCACACCGUGCACAAGGAGAACUAUAGCGACGAGAAGGCCCUUUAG